UUUGCCCAAUCCAUGUGUAUGCAUGUUACCGUGUAUAUUCAUGUUAGUGUGUAUGUGUAUAUGUAGAGACUGAGACAGGAUAACAAAAUGAACUAUUGUAUGCAGGAAAUAUACGAAGCUCACCCAGCAGCUGCCAGCAGCAACUGCUACAUGCAGUCCACUGAUUAUUGCACCUAUAUCGAAGACAGUCAGAGUUACGGUUGUGAUGCCCAGGUCCUGCACAGUAAUAACAUAUAUAUGGAACAGGCCUGGGCGGUGAAUCAGCCUUAUACCUGUAGUUACCCUGGAAACGUUUUUAAAAGCGAGUACUCUGACAUGGACAUGGCCCUGCAUCAGUACAGCCAACCUGAAUAUUUCACUGAAGAAAAGCCUACUUUUUCUCAAGGGCAGUCACCAUCGUACUCUCAGAAGAAAGGGUACAUACCCAGCUACCUAGACAAGGACGAGCUAUGUGUUGUGUGUGGUGACAAAGCCACUGGGUAUCACUAUCGCUGCAUCACUUGCGAAGGUUGCAAGGGGUUUUUCCGAAGAACUAUUCAGAAAAAUCUUCACCCAACCUACUCUUGUAAAUAUGAAGGAAAAUGUGUGAUAGACAAAGUCACAAGAAACCAGUGCCAGGAAUGUCGCUUCAAAAAAUGCAUCUAUGUUGGCAUGGCAACAGAUUUGGUGUUGGAUGACAGCAAGCGAUUAGCGAAACGAAAACUGAUAGAGGAAAAUCGAGAGAAGAGACGUCGGGAAGAGCUGCAGAAAACAAUUGGGAUAAAACCUGAACCAACAGAUGAAGAAUGGGAGCUUAUCAAAAUUGUUACUGAAGCACAUGUGGCUACCAAUGCACAAGGAAGCCAUUGGAAACAAAAAAGGAAAUUUCUGCCAGAGGAUAUUGGACAAGCACCAAUAGUAAAUGCCCCAGAAGGCGGGAAAGUAGAUUUAGAAGCCUUCAGCCAGUUUACAAAAAUUAUCACACCAGCAAUCACAAGAGUGGUGGAUUUUGCCAAAAAGUUGCCUAUGUUCUGUGAGCUGCCAUGUGAAGACCAGAUCAUCCUUCUGAAAGGCUGCUGCAUGGAGAUCAUGUCCCUCAGAGCCGCAGUUCGCUAUGAUCCUGAGAGUGAGACAUUAACAUUAAAUGGGGAGAUGGCAGUGACAAGGGGCCAGCUGAAAAACGGGGGUCUUGGUGUAGUAUCCGAUGCCAUUUUUGACCUGGGUAUGUCGCUUUCAUCAUUCAACCUUGAUGACACGGAAGUCGCUCUUCUUCAGGCUGUUCUGCUGAUGUCCUCAGAUCGCCCGGGUCUCGUCAGUGUUGAGCGGAUAGAAAAAUGUCAGGAGGGUUUCCUCCUGGCAUUCGAACACUACAUAAAUUAUCGAAAGCACCACAUUGCACACUUUUGGCCAAAACUGCUGAUGAAAGUGACGGAUCUACGAAUGAUCGGAGCCUGCCAUGCUAGCCGCUUCUUGCACAUGAAGGUGGAGUGCCCAACAGAACUCUUUCCCCCUUUGUUCUUGGAAGUCUUUGAGGAUUAAAAAGGCUGGAUCGGUUCUCGGAAUUCCUAUAGCACUACUGGGUGUCAUUUCAUUCCAUUGCCUAGUUCCUUUUUCCUUUUGUCCAUUCUUAAUUUUGUUCCACCUUGUUUUUGUGUGGGGGAUUUUAUUUUUUUAAAUAGGCGUGAAUGAAUAUGUCCCUUCAAUGCGGGUAAUUGUGACUGUUGCAUU